AAACAAGAGGUGCAGGCAAUAUUUAAUGUACUCAGCGGAGAUCUUCCACUUUCGUCGGUAAAAAACGUUCUUCCCGAGGAUAUGAAAAAAGAAGAAAUAGACAACGCUCGCUGGACAAAGCUUCAGAAUUGGAAAAAAUGGUGGACGAGGGAAGAGCAUUUGAGUAAGUUUACAUUUAGUUUUCCUAGACUCAACGAUAACCUUGGUAACUGUAUAUAUGUAAUCAAUUGAAUAGCUCUCAGCACUCUCAGUCUAACAUAUUAUGUGCUCCUGCUAUUUGUUCUAGAGAUGUUCACAGCCGCAUAUACAGUUAUGGGGAAAAACUGGACCGACUGUCCCGAAAAAACGACCAAUCCGGUGGAACAUAUCAACAAAGAUUCAAUUCCACGUUCAAAAGACCAUAAGAAGAAUCUUUGGAGUGUUGUGGACAACAUUUAUAGAUGCGAUAAACUCGCCGCUGCUAAGAGGGUUGCAGUCACCAAAAAUGUCACCAUAAGU